AUGGCUGCUAAGCUCUUGCAGUGUAUUGUCCGUAGUCUAUUUCCCAAAAAAUGUGGAUUGGUUUCUGCCUUUGGCUAUGGCUCUGUUGCUGUUCCUCAACAUGGCCGUUCCACUUCAAAUUCCCAACUAGAUAUAAUUUUAAUCGUCGAGGACCCCCUAAAAUGGCAUACUGUAAAUCUCCAAAUUAAUCCAACCCAUUAUAGCAGUCUUGCGGGUCUUAACUCAGGUUAUUUUCUGAAAAAUAUUGUCUCGAAAUGGCCUCAUCCUGCUGUCUAUUAUAAUCCUCUUGUCACUUGGCACGACCCGACUAAAUCGUUUCCCUCUCAGGCCCUCAAAUAUGGCGUUGUUGGUAUUGAUAAGCUUUUGACUGAUCUUAACACUUGGUCUGAUUUGUAUGUUGGUGGUCGACUGCAAAAGCCUGUCGUAUUUGUACCCCAAUAUGAGCCCAAGGGAAACUUGAGUUCUUCUCUUAACAACAAUCUCCGUGCAGCUUUGGCUUUCUCUCUUCUACAGUUUGAUUUUCCUUUGCUGGAAGAGGAUGCUUUGUAUCAUUCUCUUGCAUCCAUUUCUUAUCGCGGGGAUUGGAGAUUGUACUUCGGUGAAGAUAAGAAGAAAAUCGAACGACUUAUCACGGGUGAACCGCGAAGAGCGAGUUUCCGUGAACUUUAUCUUCCCAUUUUUUCUUCGGAACCAUUCUCCUCUCUUUUCACUCUUGAAGUCCCUUGUGAUUUAAAAUCGGACCUAUGCAUUCAUUCUAAAAAGAAGGGUGCGAUUGUUGAAGAACUUCUUGAUUGCCUACCAACAUCACUUUGUCAACUAGCUGCUCAGGAACUUUCCUCAAGAUCUUCAAGACUCAAAUUAGCCGAAAUGAGUCAUGAAGAGAGGCGAAAGAGACUGCUGAAUUCAGCUGCGUCAAUUGUUCGCUGGGCUAGUUACAGGCAAACCGUCCUUGGUUUAUUUUCUGCAGGUCUUUCUCGUUCCGCAAUCUAUUCAUUUGCAAAAUUCCGCAAGAUGUUGGCUAGUCUUUGA